GUGGCCGUUGGGGAAAUUUAAAUCAUAUGCUUAGAGUUCGGACCUACUUUCAGAUUUGCAGCCAAAGAAAAAGAAGCUAACAAAGAUUUUUCAGUUUUCAGUUUCUCAGCGAAACCACCAGAUUUGGGGAUAAAAUUAGGGUUUUUCGAUCUCCAGAGAAAACAAAAAAAAUGGGAGAAUCAAUUUGUCUUGUGAGAUCUUUCUCGCAACCUUCAGAGUUUUCAUCGCGUGAAAUCAACGAGGUGGUACCGAAUCGAGUGCUUACGGAAUCAGUAUCGUUUGGUAGAUAUGCGAAUGAAACACUAGCGUGGGCGAGAUGGUCAGCUUUUACUCAGAAUCGUUACUUGGAAGAGGUUGAGAGGUUUACUAAACCUGGUUCUGUAGCAGAGAAGAAAGCUUUCUUUGAAGCUCAUUUCAAGAACCGAGCUUCAGGGAAAGCAGCAACACAGACGAAGAAGAUUGAACAAGUAAAGGUUAAAGAUAGUGUUGAGAUUGUUUGUGAUAUACCUAAGGAUAUUCUCGUUGAUUCAGAAGUACCACUAGCGGUGAAUAGAGAGGUGUCUAGUAAUGAGGUGGACUCUGUUGUUCCAUCAAUUUCUGUAAUAGAUGAAACUGGUAAAGUGGAGAACUUGAAGUCAGUGGUUGUUCCUGAUGAGGGCAAUUCUACUUCUUUGAGCAAAGAAAGACCUCCUAGUUCUUCCGGAUCGAAGGUCUCAAGCUCAAAACUGGAAUCUUCCGUUGUUAUAGAACUGGAUCAUUCACUUAAGAACACUAAAAAAGAGUCAUCCUCGAGUAGUACAAGGUCACUUAGUGCAUCGAAGAACCGAAGUAGAUCACCUCCUGAGCCCAUUCACAUGUCAAUCAGCUGUGUUUCUUCUAGUAAUACCGAGAAAACUAUUGUGGGGAGGCCCCAGAACGGUUCUAGGAGUGCAGUGAAAGCAGACAAGAAGAAGAGAUCAGGUCCAAGUUCAGUUCACAUGUCACUCAAUUUUGCUUCUUCUACUCUUCGUACGACCAAAGAAGCCCCAAAAACACUGGCAAGAAACUCCACUACACAGGGAACAACUUCAACAAAUGCUAGAAACAAACUUUUCCCAAAGAUAAACGAACCAACGGGAGCUUUAAAAAGCUGCAAGAGACCAUUGUCUCAGACAUCCAAAGACGGUUCAACCAAUGCCUCUGCUGUCACGUUACCCAGACUUCCUCUUCUCAGUAAUCUGCUAUCAGAAAACAAAAGGAAAAACAUAUCUGUAAGGAGUUCAGUUUCAUGUAGAAUAUCCAACAAUGAGCAAAGAAAACCUUCUGUCGGCUGUGAAAAUCUGUCAACUCAUAGCAGAACCAAAGCAAAGUCUUUGACUGUAUCUUCUCCCUUCGUCUUCAGAAGUGAUGAAAGGGCAGAGAAGAGGAAAGAGUUCUUCAAGAAAGUAGAGGAAAAAAACAAGAAAGAGAAAGAGGAUAAAUUUUCUUGCGGCUUCAAGGCAAAUCAAAACACUAACUUAGCAUCUGAAGAACACAAGAACCCACAAGUUGGUGGUUUUCAGGUAACACCGAUGACCCUGACUUCACCAAGAUUCCGCAGGAACCAAACUCCAGGAAAAGAGAACAUAAAAAAACCUCAUCAAACUCCUCAUAAAGCUUCCUCAAUGAAGAUCAUCAACACCAAAAAAGUAGUCAUGGAGAAGCACAAAAGCAGCAAGAUCCAUCCCUCCUCCAAACAGCAGACAACAAAAAGAACUCAAGAAAAUAUGUCUCCUAAUAUUCUUCAGAACUAACCAGAGACAAACCAGAUCAAUCGAUUCCUCUUCUUCAAGUCUCUAGAUCAUCGUAAAGAUUCGACUUUUCACUUUGAAGAUUCCGAAAGUUUUGUCCCUUCAGCUAGUAAUCUCAUCUCAAGCUUAUGGUUUAGGUGACUAGCCCUUGAUUCAGAUUGUGUAACCACAAGCUUUUAAGGAGCUGUGUAGAAUAGAUAGAACUCAAGUCUACUUACUCUUCAAAGUAACUAUGUACUCAAUAGUUCUGUAGUAUCAAUCUUGUAUCAUUUGUAUACAUAGAGAUUUGAAAUAAAGAAUUAUGUCUACUUUUCAAUUUCUCAUUGUGUUUCUUUCUUGAAUUAG